AUGUGGUUCAUCCUCCUUCUACUGAACUUGGCGUCACAGCUUCCCAUCUGUCUUUUUUGCCGAAGUAGCUGUGAUUGCUUUGAAAAUGGAGAUGUUGCGUGCAGAGGGGAUAUAGCUGAAAUACCAUCUGUGGAUGCCACUCAAACUUUCCGCCUCAAUCUCAAUAACACCCAUAUUACAGUUCUUACUGCCCGAAGUUUUGAGCCUCUUCCUCUCCUACAGAGACUCAGAAUUAGCCACGGCUUUCUUACCACCAUCCACCCAGAAGCCUUUUAUGGAGCUUCUCAGCUUCGGUCAGUGGUGCUCUCAUCAAACAACAUAUCUGUUCUUCCUCCAAAAGUGUUUAGCAGUCUGGAAAACCUUGAACAGCUUCAUAUGGACAAGAAUAAGUUGUUUUUUCUUAGUGCAGACAUGUUUGAACAACUUCGCAAUCUCACAGAUCUGGACGUCAGCAAAAACCAAAUUACCCAGUUGGGUGACAAAGUCUUUCAGGAUUUGAUAAACUUAAAUCAUCUAAAUCUGUGUGGGAACUUACUUAAAACACUUCCUUCAAUGGUUUUCCAAAAUCUGACACACCUAAAAUCUCUGAUACUAUACUCCAACCAAUUGGAGAUUCUGGAGGAAGGUUCCUUUGAUGGACUAAAUAACCUACUGGUGCUCAUGCUGCAUAAAAACCAAAUCCGAAAAAUCCCUGCACGGCUAUUUUGGCACAUGCCCUCUUUACUGACCUUGACACUGUCUGGCAACCAACUCCAGUACAUACCAGCAGAAAGCUUUUACUAUCUACCCAACCUUACUAAGCUUACACUUUAUAACAACCCCCUGAUAACAUUGCCAGAUCAACUAGUGGGUCAUAUGCCAAGACUCCAGGAGAUCUAUUUGUAUUAUACUAAUCUUAAGACUGUUCCCUGGAACCUUUUUACUAACAUGACUGGCCUCAAGUCGCUGAAUUUACACAUGAAUGGCAGACUUAGCUCAUUGCCAAAGGACCUAUUUUCCUGUUUACACAAUCUUCAAAAGCUUUCUUUAAAAAACAACAAUCUUCAGGAUCUGCACCAAGACCAGUUUUCAGCCCUAACCAACCUAAAGAUCCUGCUGCUCAAUGAUAACAUGCUCAGUUCCCUUUCAGCAAAGAUCUUUCAAAACCUUAAAAGUCUUACAAAACUUGAGCUUAGAAGCAACAAACUAAGCUUCCUUUCAGGAAAUAUCUUUGUGGGUCCAACUGCACUUCAAUCGAUUACUCUUAAAGACAACAAAUGGAGCUGUAUAUGCAGUCUUCUCAACUUCACAACAUGGAUCAAUAAUAACCAAAAUAUAUUUGCUGAUUUAGAUGAUUUGUUAUGCCAUGAACCUUAUUACCUACAAAACUACCCAUUGGUGUCAGUAAAGUACAACAGUCUUCGAUGUGACAUUACCACUUUAUCCCAGGAUGUGUAUAUUCCUCAGACUACUGCUGCCAUUAGCAUGCCAAAAAGAACUAUACCACAAUCUUCGACUGCUACGGCUGGACAAAGUACAACCACCAGCAAGGUGCCCACCACUAAACUCCCAUCAACCUCAAGCCUUGAACUCUACAGCUUACUUUUGACCACCUCACCCACCUCCACUGAUGCAACACUCUUUUAUGCAUUUGAUGAUGCUGUUGUUCUUCAUAACAGUCCUGAUAUUGUUCACCAUAAUUGGCAUCAGAACUGGGUUUAUCUUUGGACAGUUCCAACUACUGGCCUGUACAGUGGAUUUAUGAUAGCUUUGCAUAUUGUUAUGUUAUUCAUUGGUGUUAGUCUGAUCAUAACCAGUGUUUAUGCAUUACAUUGUCUUAACAAAGUGAUGUGGGACAGCUGUUACUAG